AUGCGCUUCCACAUUGCCGCCCUUCUGGGUGUGGCCCACUUGACUUUCGCCGCUCCAUUUCUGAAUGUCUCGACUCACCCUCUUGCGGAUGGAAUGCCUAAUCCAAGUCCCAGUGAGCUGGAGACGAUUGAGCUGAAUGCGCACGGAACUCUGCCAAAUGGACCUCCUCCCGCUGGUAUCAGCGAAGGUGGAAUUACCAACCUCAAGCUUAUCGCAUUCAACGAACUGUUUGAAGUUGCCUUUUUCGAUCAACUGAUCACAAACAUCACCGACAAGAUCUUGGGGUAUCGCUUCUCUGAUGAAGACGAUUAUACCUUUGUUUUGAAUGGCUUGAAGGUGAUUCUGGCUCAAGAGGAGCUCCAUGCCCUGGACGCUAACAACGCCUUGACCCAUGUUGGAGUUGACCCAAUCGAGCCUUGUCGCUAUACUUUCCCCGUCCAUGACUUUGAUGCGGCCAUUAUGCUCGCCACUACCUUCACAGAUGUGGUGCUGGGAACCCUGCAGGAUGUCGUGGAGAGAUUUGCCAUCGGCGGUGACAUUGGACUGUCGCGCACAAUUUCCUCCGUCAUUGGCCAAGAGGGAGAACAGCAGGGAUGGUUCCGUGUCAUGCAGGGCAAGGUUCCUAGCGAACUGCCUUUCUUGACAACCCGUGAUCUCAACUUUGCCUUUACUGCCAUUCAGAGCUUCGUCGUGCCCGGCACUUGCCCCAAUAUCGAUACCAUUCCGCUGAAAACCUUCCCACCUAUCAAUGUCAUCGAAGGCCCAACUGCGGAGACCGGGCAGAUCAAAGUUUCCUUCGAUGAUAGCGACGAGACUGAUGAGGACGCACUGUGGGUCACUUAUAUCAACCAGCAGAAUAUGCCGAUCGUGGAACCUCUUCACAUUAUCUCAAAGGAGAAAGGCACGCUCAUUGCAAAGGCUCUGUUCCCCUAUGAGGCAUAUGAGAUGAACGGGUUGACCAUCGCUGCGGUGACUACAACGGAGGGACCAUUCCCAAAUGCAUAUAGUGUGGCAAAGGAAACUCUCGCCGGACCUGCCCUUUUCAUCAUCGAAUAA